CGUCAUCUCUGUUCUCUUUACUCCCGUCAUCGUCUUUGUUGUCUUUGCUUCGACUGCUCUUCAUCGCGGUGAAAUAGAAAGGGUGAGAGAGAGUGAGAGAGAAGGGGAAGUCCAGUUCCCGUUCGCGCUUCCCUCGGAAAACAUUUCUCGAGAUUCAUUCAAAGAGACCAUGCCUCGCCGCGACGACCCCAACCCCUUCGACGAGGAAGAAGUCAAUCCCUUCUCGAAGGGUGCAGGUCCUGGUUCAAAAUUGCAUCUUCCUUCACUGUCAUCAUUGCAUCUGGGUUUUGGCAACAAACAUGAUGCUACUGUGGACAUACCCCUGGAGACGACGAAUGAUUCGAAGAAGAAGGCAAAAGAACUUGCAGGAUGGGAAGCGGAUCUGAAAAGGAGAGAAAUGGACAUUCAACGCAGGGAAGAUGCUUUGUCAAAUGCUGGUGUUUCUACCGAGGAGAAAAACUGGCCCCCAUUUUUCCCUAUCAUCCAUCAUGACAUAUCUAAGGAGAUACCAAUCCAUGCUCAGAAGUUGCAAUAUCUGGCUUUUGCAAGCUGGCUGGGGAUAGUUCUUUGUCUUGUAUGGAAUGUCAUUGCGGUGACUGUCUGUUGGAUUAAAGGAGGAGGGGUUAAAAUCUUUUUCCUUGCGACAAUUUAUGCUUUACUUGGAUGCCCUCUUUCAUAUGUGCUGUGGUACAGGCCUCUUUAUCGUGCAAUGAGGACUGAUAGCGCCGUGAAGUUUGGCUGGUUUUUCCUUUUAUACCUGUUCCACAUUGGCUUCUGCAUCUUUGCUGCUAUUGCUCCUCCAAUUGUAUUCCAUGGAAAGUCAUUGACAAAGUUUACAUGUAUUUCAGAGGGCAGAAAUGAAGUUGGUGCAGGGAGCAAACUCGAAACCUCUAAUUCGUCAUCCUGUUGCUUGAGCUGUCUGCACUCUAUAUACAUGUUUUGCUAUAUUUCCUGUAUUUCUCCCCUUUUUUCCUUUUUUAAAAAGAUUUGUUGUUUGACGAAGAGGUUCCGAUGCUUGGGAGAGUAUAAAAAAUGAUUCUAAUUCUUCUGUUCAUUUUCUGUGUCAAUAAGGUCUCAUCUGCCUCUUGCCUGAAGUCUGGGUUAUUAAUUUGAAGAUUAAUGUUUCUGUUGCAUUUUCCGAGAUGGUUGUCUGGUGACCUGUGUAGUUGCUCCAGCUGCCAAAAGGUUUCCAGAAGACUUUGGGUUGAUCUAAGAUGUCAAGUAUUGCUUUGGUUUGAGCCUUGUUGAGUGGGGUUUGGCUGUUUGGGGUACACCUGUGAAAGGCAUAUGGAAUCAAGCGUUGUGUCA